UUUAGAUACAGGCGCGAUUGUUUGAUAAUAAACAUCCGCUCGGUUUGAACAGUGUUGGGUCAGAUAACAUGUAGCCUUGGCGAGACGAGUUUGAAGUUUACACUGACUCAGUAAGUCGCAGAUUAUUAGCGCGGUUGGAGCAGUAAUUAUAUAAAAUUAAGUCUGGUGUAAAAUAUAAUAUAAAAGUGAAUAAAGUAUUAAUUUACACUAAUUAAAUGAACUGUUUUAUUUAAAUUGGAUUUGAAUUCGAUAGUGAAUUCUUAACAAAAGGAUUGAAGUUGGCAAGAAAAACCACGCCCAGUAAAAUGAAUUCAUCUCUAUGAAACUAAAGAGUGAGAUUACUUUAUAACUGUUAAUAAAUUAAUCAAGUUAGUUUCAAUCAGGAUACGAACACAAACUUGAUAUUAAAAGUUAAAAUAUGGAAAAAAAGCAACAAAGAAAAAAGAAAAAGAAAGGACCUCCGCCUCCUCCACCACCAAUAUAUAUUCCUAAUUACAAACCAACACUAAGUUUGACCGAUGAGGGGUUUAUUGCUAGUAGUUCCACUGAUAUUAAAACUGUGGAGAAAAUUCAAAACACGUAUACAUGUACAAUUCUGCAAGUAGCAGAUGCUAUGAGGCAAAACGAUUUAUUGAAACUUCUAGAGAAAGUAGAAGUAUUGGAUAAUGAAACCAAAGAUUAUGUAAUAAGUGAAGCUCUAAAUUAUAUGCAUAUGCAUGGCAGAACCUUAUCAAAGCAAAUGCACAAUAAAAUUCGUUGUAUACUGAUGCAAUCGCGAUUUUAUAGGAUUUAUGAUCCUAAAAAAGAUAGCAACACUUAUAAUGACAAUAUACAACAACUGGAAUUUAUUCAUUCUUGUUUUGAAGGAUUACUAAAAAUGAACUCUCCUAGUUUUAUGGACAAUUAUAUCAAACAAAUAAUAUUUUAUGGUACUGAAUUGCAGUUUGGUAAAGAUUGGGCAAAGGAUUUACCAUGGAACAUGUUUGCAUUCUAUAUUCAACAAUAUGCGGGAUUUGUCCGAACUUCAAACCAUAAGCAUCUAUAUCAAGUCGGUAUUAUCACAGAAAACAAAUUUCAAACCAUGGUUGAAAACUUUAAAAAGAUAUUUGAAAUGACUUUGCCAAACAAUAGUAUAGUGUACGAGCAUUUUCAAAAGGAGAAUACAAAGAUGGCGGAAGAGAUGAAGACAUAUUAUUACGAAUUGAAAGAUUUGCAUUCCCUCGAGAAACUAUAUAAAACAGUUGUGUGUUCUGAUACAACACAUUAUUAUGGAUAUUUAAGAAAAUUACAAGCGUGUGGAGAAUACCUUAAAAGCACUGAUCAAACUCCGAAUAUAUCAGGGGAAUUGAAGGAAUUGUUGACGAAGUGUCUCCCCAUGAAAGAUAUGAAAACAUUUAGGGAUAAAGUAUGCCAUUUAAAAUCUAUUCCAGUUGAAAUUCAAGAUGCAGAAAAAUUGAACGAUUUAAGCAAUUUGAUUGCAAAAAUUGCUAAACAAAUUAAACUCACUUAUAAAUUUAUACAAUUGGAAACUGCAGUAAAAAUAAAAAAGUUAAUAUUACAAUCACCUGAAUCCAUCCCAAUGCCACACGCAAUAAAACAUGAGCUCUCUUCAUUCCGAUCAGCUUUUGGUACAUUACACGAAUCUCCCGAUCGAAACAUACAACUGCGCAAAGACAAUGUGAAUCGGUUGUUUGCAUUGAUGGAAUUUCAUUACAACGUAGAAGGUGGAUACAAUUACAAUUUACUAAAAGUGUCAGAUGAGCAAAUUGAAGCAGAAAAGCAAAAACUUUUGUCAGAAUGGCCAAUUGAUCAAUCAGACGACAAAACACUACCGAAUUUAAUUGAGACUGUUUCAAAUCCUCCAUUAUUCAGUGAUGAUGCAGACGAACAUUACCGAGCAUGUUUAGAAAUUCUAAAAACUGAAGUUGAAAGGAAAAACGAUUUAGGUGUUGAAUUGCUCUUGAUGCUGAUUUUAAAAAUUGCUGAUGAAUUGCGGAAUUUUAAUCUUAAUCGAAAGUGGUAUACAGAGUUAUGUGCUACGCUUACUGUUAGAUCGUUACGAAAUGAUUUGGCUCACGGUGAUCUUUAUGUGGAUCUCCUAGAAAUCGAUAGAAAAUCGACGAUUUACGAUAUUGCAAAUAUUUUAAUUGGAGAACUUGAAAAUGAAACUGCCAGGAAACAAAAAGAAUGUGGUAAAGUAACACAAACCAUACCAAUGCCAGAAUUACGAACAAAUACUAAUUCAGAACUGGCGCUUAUAAAAAUAAAAGAAGAUCUUGGAUAUCAAAUCCAAAAAGGGUGUAUUACAGAAGUACAAAGGCUAGUGAACAAAAUGAAGACGGAAGAUAUUGAGUGGCGCAAUUUAUUAGAAACUACUGCUUUAAAUCUGGCCGCGGGCAAUGACCUAGACAAUGUGGAACUAUUUGAGCUGGUAUUUGAUGAAAUUGGUGAUCACCAAAAAUGGUUUCGAGAUGAUCUCGGUGAUACAAUGUUGCAUGUAGCUGCUGAAAAAGGCAAUGUGCGAAUUUUAUCAAAUAUUUUAAAAACGAAGGCUUCAUUCUACACAAAACAUGUUCAUGUCAUUAACUACAAUGGUGAUACACCAUUUCACAAAGCAGCGAUUGCAAAUCAGCCACGUACUUUUGAAAUAUUGUGUAAUAGUUGGUUCAGUAAACAUAUCCAACUUUUUAACGAAAAUGCGCAGGGUGCAAUACACUGUGCAAUUGUAUUUGAUCAUAUUGACGUUAUUGAAGUGUUUGUGAAAUGGAAUUAUCACCAACCACUUGAUAGUGUUCGUGCAGUAAGAAACCAAACUUGUCUUCACCUUGCAUGUGACUACAAUCACAAAAAUCUGAUUCGUUAUUUCAUAGAACGUGAAUCAGACGCAAAUACGAUUGACAAGGACAUUGAUACACCAUUAUUAUUAGGAAAACAGUUUUCGAAUGCACCCGACGUGCUAAUGAUUGAAAAAUAUAUGAAUCCUAUAAUGGAGGAUAAUAAAAUGCAUUCGGCUGUUAAAUGUAAUGCACCAUCUAAGUUUGAAGAGAUCUAUAGUAUUGCACCUUUUUUAAUAUGGACCACAGAUAUCGAAGGCAAAACACCCGUUGACAAUGCCAUUUUAGGAAAUAAUAGAGAAAUGCUUGAGUUAAUAUUUCAUCAUGUUUUACUAGAUUAUUCAGAGAAACCAUAUAUAUACAAAAAAGUGAUUUCUAUCAUGUGUGACAGUGAAUUAAAAUGUCUUGAUGGACCAUGCGUAAGGCUAAUAUUAAAUUUUGUUUUAAAUACUCUUACGGAGAAAUUUAAUGACAAAUUGGCGUGCUUUUGGGGAUUCACUUUAUUGGGUCAGAUGGUGAAAGUUUUCGAAGAUAUCUACAUACUUAAAACAACCAUUAUUAGAAUAAUGUUGGAGAAAAUCAGUUUAUUUGAAAACGAUGACCGAAUAAUUAAAUGCGUUCAUGAUGUGUUUACCUGGUGCAUGUUUUUAAGUGACGAGGCAUAUAUUGGCUUAAGUAAUAUUUUGGUUAAUUAUUUAUCCAAGGAUAAUUUUAUCAACCAUUACAAUACAUUAGAUUUAAUCUCUUGGUUAGUAAAAAUCGGAACAUAUGAACAAAAAUCACAUUCGAAACUAUAGGUUUAAUUCAAGUAUUAUAUAAUAUCAAAAAUGCCGAUUUU